AAUCAAAAUCAUUUUUACAAAACUAUUUUAUAGAAACACAGCCAAAUUUUAAGUUUUCCAAAUCUUUCAAUGCCUCCAAAGAAGAAGUCAAAGAAGCAGCGCGAUAUCGAUUGGGCGGCCGACGCCAACUUUGACAAAAACCGUUCGAUGAUCUACAUCGAACACACGUUAGAAUGUCCGAUAUUUACGACAAAAGCUGAGGAAUUCGGCGCUUAUGUCGCCCAAGAGGUGCCCAAUCGCAUCAUACAGCUGAUACGCAACCAUAACGGCAAAGUGGCGCCUAGGGAAGGUGCUUUCGAGAUUGGAUUUUCGCAGAAUGCGCGCACCUCCGUGCAUCAGCUCUGGUCCGGCAUUGAUAAGGGACCACCAAGGCGUGACAAAUUCCCUCCGGAGUACGAGUCACUCAUGCAAGAAAUACACAAAAUCUUGAAGAAAUUCUAUCCAGACGUCAUAGAAAAGAACCCCUUGGAAGGUUUGGAGGAUGAUGACGCAGCGCCAGCGUAUGACUGAAGAAAUAUCGAAUUAAACUAAUGUUAAAAUACCAACAACAGUAAAAGCGGAAACAAUGAGGAUAUCCGACACAUAUCGCAAGCGACGAUGCACUUGUAUUUGACAUCUACCGUGAAACAGUUUGAACGCCAAUGCAUCAGUUUGAGAGGCUAUGAAUUGUGGUAGUAGAAGUUCAAAGCCAUUAACAAAGUUUCAACUUUUCCCCGUAAGAUGUCGCAGAAAUCGCGUUUUCUUUGCCACUUAAAAAAAUAAAUUAUUUGAUGGAGAAUUCGAAAAUCUACAUUUUUAAUUAAAUAAAUUGGUAUUAAACGAAAUAAAA